GCUCCUUUGAACUUUAUCAGUAUAAGGAUCUAACCGGCAUUUCCGGAUACAUUAUUCUCACGAGUGGUCAGAUUCGGCAGUUGACCUCAUGCUUAGCCAGACCAAAGUCCUCGUUGCCAGCACGGCGGUGCUGUACGCCAAGUUCCUCGUGACCACAACCAUCCAAGGCUCCAAGCGCUUUGUGACUGGCACGCGUUGUCCUGAAGACCAACUGCUCAAGGGCGUCCCUGCAACAAAAACCGCGUUUGGAUUCAACGCUGGCGGUGCAAGCUCUGCGGCCGCUACUGAAGCCGACCUGCGCUGGCAACGCAUUGUUCAAAACGAUUUGGAGAACAUUCCCCUCGGACUACUCGUCGCUUGGUCUGCAGUGCACUCAGGAGGAAGUGAACUUGUGAACAUCGCCGCGAUCGGAACGUUCACUGCCGCCCGAGUGUACCACACGUACGCAUUCGCGAAGGGACUGCAGCCCCAUCGUAGCCGGGCAUGGGUCCUGGGGACAGCCGGUGUCCUUGCCCUGGCCCUCAACAGUCUCUAUGGGAUCGUAGCCAUUCCUGAAGCAGACGUCGUCGUUCUGGUCAAGGCACCACCGUCGCAUGAAGUCGAUCGAAGUUGUGUGACAAAAACCUAAGAUCCUUCGGCGAAGUUUUACUUUAAUUGACAAUUAGCUUCAUCUCAGUAUGCUUUUGGAUUUAGAAUAGAG